UCCCACACUGGUUAAAGUGGGUUUGGAGCACACAAAAUAUGUUAAUGUUUGACAUUAACCGUGAAACGGGUCUUUGUUUGGGUUGUUUUGCUAGCGUAUGACAACGUAAUUCCAUUCACGAAAUGUAGGAAUUUUACAUUGACUUGUUAACUGACAACGUUGUACACAAUGAAUUCAAAUAUUUAAAACGUUCACCGAAUCGUUACGGCCUUUUUCAAAAUUCGGCUUACAGUAGAUUCACCAAAUCAGCACUUAAGAUGUAUAAAAUCUCAGCUGUAAAUCGUCGUUGACCGUAUCUAAAUGCCGCCCAGCGCCCUGCAAUUAGCUAUAGAAACUGAAAUUAUGAAGAAAUCAGCCGUCAUUUGUAUUUUUUACAGGUGCCGAUUUGUAAAGUUAAUCCAAUAGAUUCGUAAAUAGUCGUACAUCUUUGUGUAAAAUGUGUGUAAUUGGGAUGAUAUUUGGGUGAGUAUUUAAUAUAUAGAUUUGUAGAUUGAGAUUCGCUUCACAUGAGGGAUUGAGUGCAUCUGCUGGCAAGGCAACAUCAGCAGCCAAGCAACCGGCCUCCCCUGGGUUAUUGAAGUCUUCCGGCAGCGGAGCUAUGCAGUCUGAACCAGCGGAGCGGAGGAGACAGCCUCGCCGGAGCAAGCGCUCGGAGGGCGGGCACGGCCGAGCAGAGCCGCGGGGGCCACAACCGAGAUCCGCGGGCAGCUCCGAGGAGGAGAUGACAAGGUUGAAAGGGAUCGUCGUCACCGCCACGCGACAGAAAGACAAGCAGCGGACGGGGGAGCGAGGAAGGGGAGGAGAUGAAGAAGAGGAGGGAGAGAGAGAGGGGAGGGACAGAGGCCGAGGAGACGGAGAUAAGAGGAGGAAGGAGGAGAAGGAGGCGAGGAGCCGGAGGGCGGCGUCCGAAGGAGGCGAGGAGUCGGGGACGAUGAGGUGGAGACUCCAUCAGCUGGAGAAAGAGAGACUGGAGCUGACGUCCGCACACAACCAGGAGCUGUGCCGGCUGCAGGCGGAGCUGGCCCGGCUCCGGGCCGGCGUGGAGCGGGGCGAGGCCCAGCGGGCGGAGCUGCAGUACCAGCUGACGGCGAGCCAGAGGGACGCCGCCCGGGCCACCGCGCUCAGCCGAGACAAACGCACGCUCACAGAGCGAGCAGCAGAGCUCCAGCUGACGGUGGAGGAGCUGCAGAAAGUUGUGGACAUCACCCGGCGGGCCAGGGACGAGGACCAGCAUGCAUUGCAGCAGGAAGUGGAGGAGCGAGACAAACUGAUUCAGAACUUCAGCUCGGAAAACCAACGACUGCACCGCCUGCUGCAGGAUCAGGAGGAGGCUCUGGAGGAGUCAGAGAGGAGGAUGGCAGCGCUGCAGAAGGAGAGAGAGAGGGAGGGAGAGAAGGAGGCCGAGGCCAACAGACGACAGGCCGACCAACUGAAAUACCUGGCGGAGAGAGAGGAGAGGAGCAGGAGAGAGAAGGAGGUGUUGGACCAGAAGGUGAAGUCUCUGGAGUCGAGCAUCGAGGCGGAGAGAGCAGCUCACCUGGAGUCCAAGUUCAACUCUGAGAUCAUCCAGGUGCGGGGGCGGGAGCUGGAGGCGGCGCUGGCGGCCGAGCGGAGCGGCGUGGAGCUGCUGAGGACUCGGCUCCGUGAGGCGGAGAGAGCUCUGCAGCGUCUGCAGCAGCAGUACGAGCAGUGUAAGUCUGACCUGAGUGUGGCUUUGGAAAAGGAUAAGACGACGACCUCUGACCUCACAGAGCAGCUGGAGGAGGAGAAGAGACGGCACGCCGACACACACACUCUGCUGGAGCAGGCCGCUCAGAGACAGUCGGACUCAGAGGAAUGUCUGAAACACAUCAGAGAAACUCUCCAACAACACAUUAACACGGUUCUAGCAAAGGAUGCUGGGAACUGGAGUCUUCCAGCGGACGUCCUGCAGCUGCUGAAGGCGGCGCUGGGCGGCGGCCGACAGCGACUGGAAACGGCGGUGGGACAGGUCCAGGAUCUGCUGUGUGCGUCGGAGCGGCUGCACGACGAGAACCAGCGGCUCCGACGGCUGACGGAGGAGACGCAGCAGGCGUCGGUCAGACUGGAGGAGGAAGUGACACGCCUUCGCCAGGAGAGCUCUGAUUGGUCGACGCAGAGCCGGGGUCUGCAGGCCGAGCUGCAUAAAGAGAGGGAGGAGAGGGAGGAGAGGAAGAGAGAACAGGAAAGAGAGAGGGAGGAGAGGAAGAGAGAAAAGGAGAGAGAGAGGGAGGAGAGGGAGAGAGAAAAGGAGAGAGAGAGGGAGGAGAGGGAGAGAGAAAAGGAGAGAGAGAGGGAGGAGAGGGUGGCAGAAGUCCAGAAGAUAACUGACAACUACCAGAAAGAGUCAAAGGUGAUUGUUCUCCAUUUCUCU